UCGAAACGUAUUUACUUACUUGAAUAGGUUCUCCCAGCCAUUGUGGACGAUUGGAAACAGGGCAGCAAAGUUUGUUACCAGAGCGGUUUAGAGCAUAUUACCAUUUACCUCUGAAUAAAUUCAUGAAAUGGAGAAUGGAUUAAACUCUUAACCCAUUUAAUAACCAGACCUUCCUGCAAACUUGCUAUGCUGAAUUCUUGACGCACAAUCAGGUACCGGUAGCUGCCAUAUGUUGCCAGCACACCCACAAGCGAGCCACUCUGGGCGGCCGAAGCAGCACUCUGCAUUUCACUGCGUGCUAGUAUAGCCCAGCCGUAUCGCCAUAUUGGGUACAGCCAGAGAGGGAGAGAGGCCCAACUCUGCAAAAAAAAAAACAUCUGUCUCCCUCCAGCAGGAGGUGUUAUUCGUUGUUUCGCCCACCAAGCAAGGCGUUUUUCAUGGGGGUCAUUAAGAAUGUCGAAUUUGGUCAGCAACAAAGUAUGGAUUAUUUUCUAAGUGAGGUUUAUUUGAUCGAAUAUAAGUUUCGUAAUGCGUAAGUUGUUACGAGUAUACGGAUAUAAGAAAGACGUGACACCCCGGCAACUUUUAAGGAAAAACACUUUAUAUUGGAGUUAUCUCGAUGGUUAUGCAUAUUAAUUAAAUUAGGCUAGUAGCAUAGCAUCUCUCCCCAUUCAGUUCAGGCGGUUGACGUCAACAACCGUAAUCGAAUAUUGAAAAACUGAUUACAAUAAUGAGAUGUAUCCACCAAUCCAAAGAAAGGAUAGGCGGGAGCUAGACAGCCCAGGGUGCCGCUUGUGGACAACGACUCCCAUUGUUAGGGCGGAGAGACAUGUAUCUUGUCAGUAUAUCCAUCAUCUUUGGUACAGCACAAAUGACUUAGUUCCGUAGUCAAACGGCAGAAAACAACCAACAGAACUAAACCUACACUAGUCGGGCAGAUUGAGGGGUAAUCACGUUGGCUGUUUUACGGAUGCUAUGCAUGCGUCUCUAUCUUGUGAUCCAGGUCGCUUAUUUAAAAGGAAUACUUGUUUUUUGUGAUAAACCGUCACGAUUUAGGGUAGUUUUCAUAUGUGCAACAACAUGUCAAAUGUUAGUCUUUCGAAUGGGAGUCCGACGUUGGAAAGGGUGGAUCCGCGUCCGACGGAUCACACGAAGCCCCAGAUUUGCAGAAAUCUUUUCGGAUCGGAGGAUCAUGACGAAUUUGGGAGGGAGUGUUUGGUUCAAAUGAAAGAGAUGGAGAAGGUUUUUAUUCACAAAUGGAAUUUUGAUUUUCUAAACGACGAGCCCCUUCCCCAGGGAGAUUAUAAAUGGGAGCCGAUGAAAAGCAGUGACAUGCCAGACUUUUACAGCAGACCGCCUCAUAAGCGAGUCUGGUCCUCUGGAAAUCUGGACCAUAACGGGAGUCAUGAUAACGGAGUCCGACCGAGCUGUCCUGCGAACCGGGCUGAGCUAUCCGAGAAGAGCGAGAGGCAGACGGAUUGUCACCACUCUCACAACGGGGGAAGGAAAAGACCUGCAAAUCCAGAACCCCAAAGUACAUGUAAAAAGUUGCAUUCCCGUGAAGAGGAUGAAGUUGUGUCAAAGUCAGUAGAGCAGACACCCAGCAAAAACGAUUCCAGGACACAUGAACACUAAUACCAAGCGCUGAGAAGUCCUCCUUUUUCGUUGAAUACUGUACUUCAGGACCUGAAGAAGAGAAGAGGGAUAGAAGAGAAGACAGGAUACAAAAUGGCCUGCCUUUAGGAGGGAGGGAGGCUGUGCAAGCACUGAAUAUUUACACUAAAGUUUUGGCACUCAAUUUAAUCCAAUCGCUUCAAAAGCAGAAAAUGUAGCAGUGUGCCAAAAUGUUUUUCCCUUUACUACCUAUGUUUCAUAUGUAGCACAUAAAACAUAAUAUUAUUAUGUUGACAAAAUACGUGUCUUGAAGAAUUGCUGUGCAGUUUUCAAAUAUAUUGUUUGUUUGUAAAAGUGGUCAUACGAUAUCCUUGUUCAGGUAUAAUUGAUAGUUAUACGUGCAGAUUAUUUCUAAAUCAGGGUUUUUGAGAGUAUCUCAUCAAAGAAUCAGUUGUUUCGAUUUUGGGGCUUUUUGCAGUGUUCAUUGGUAGUACAUAGUUUGAAGGCCUAUUAUUCAAAAGCUGGUCUUUAGGGUUGGGGUCAAUUCUAUUUCAUUGAUGAAGUAAACAAAGUCUUCCAAUUUUCCUCAAUGCUUUUCAAUGAGAGAAAAUAUUUAGAUUUUUUUGUUUAUUUCCAGAAUUGACUGAAUUUGAAUGUAAUUGACCCAAUGCUACACUAAGGUCAUACUGUCAAUCAGAAUGACUUAUAUGUUACAAGACCUAACUAGAUAAUUGUACAUGCAAAUAAUAUAUUAUUAUUAAGUUUUCCUACUGCAAAAGGGAAAGAACCUGCCAAAGUUUCAACAUUUGUCUUAUUGUUAUGGAAAAAUUAUUAAAUGAGUAGGGCUUAUUCAUGGCAUAGUUAGAAAUGAUUGGAAAAAGUUAGAAUAUAUGAGUUCCCAUUUUGCAGUAUUAAUUAUUAUGCCGCCCUAAAAUCAGUUGGUUUCCUUUAACUUAUUUAUAAUGUGCUCCAGUUUGACCAGAGUAGCCUACGCUCUCAGAUGUGUUGUAACCACUGGGCACUUUGCAAACAUAAAUAUGUGAAUCAACAAUUUGCCUCUUAUUGUGUGUUGAAUUCAUGUUGAGCAUGACAUGGCACUAUAUAGAUUAAAGACAAAGUUACACUGCAUGUAACUGUAUAAAAGUUUGAAGUGUACCUUUGUAUAUUUCCUUGUAAAAAAUUAUAGUAACUUAUUUUUGUUCAGGUUUUUGUGGUUGUAUGGAUAUUCAAAGUGGCAUUUUUUUGUGCAUUUAUGUAAAUACUUUUUAAAAUUUAGUUUUUGGUUGCAAAACUGAGCCUAAUUAAAAAUAUACCUGUAUAUUUUGUAUUGUGUCUCUGAAAAAGGCAAUCAUUUGCUAAAAAAAUUAUAUUGGGUUAAAUAAAAAAUGACAAUUUUCAUAA